AUGCACAAAAGUCGCAGCGCUGCCUUUGCGGCCAUGGGCGGCGGUCAGGCCGUCGGCUUUGGCUUGGGUCUUGUUCUAGGCGGCAUAUUCAGCGAUACCAUCGGCUGGCGAUGGGGAUUCUACACCGCCGCGAUUCUGAACAUCGUGGUAUUGGCAUUGGCUCUGUGGGCGCUGCCUGCGGGUGUUGAUCCAAGUUUAAACCGAACAAUCAUGUCUCAUCUAAGGGGGGACAUUGAUUGGAUCGGAGCGUUGCUUAUUAGUGCUAGUCUGGCACUUCUUUCCUAUAUGCUUGCAAUUGCAACAGGCACAGAUGCAGCAAGACUCAUGCGUCAGCCCAUCAAUGCAGUGCUUCUUUGCUUAGCGUUGGCGCUUUUGCCAGCGUUUAGUCUGUGGAUGCGCCAUCAGGAGAAUCGCGGCAGACCGGCAUUGAUUCCCAACUCGCUAUGGAAGAGUGUGCCUUUUGCCACUGUUUGUGCUACCGUCUUCCUCGUUUGGGGUGCCCUCAACGCCAGUGAGCAACUUGCAGCUUUCUACUUGGAGGAUAUCCGCGGCUUCUCAACCAUGAAAUCCUCUCUUUACUUUCUACCGGCUCCCAUCUGCGGCGCUUUAAUGAAUGUAGCGAUUGCUGUCCUCCUUCCGUACCUGAGGCCUUCGGUCGCUGUGCCGGUAGGCUGUUUUGUCAGCGGCAUUGCUCCCGUUAUUCUAGCAACCUUGUGCCGCAUCAAUGGCCCAGGGUACUGGCACGGUGUCUUCCAGGCCAUGGCCCUUAAUCCCUUGGGUGCAGAUCUCAUCUACACCAUCGCUAAUCUGGUCUUGACAGAUGCUUUUCCUGCAGAUAUGCAAGCGCUGGCUGGCGGUGUCUUCAACAUGCCUGCACAAGUCGGCAAGAGUGUAGGCAUCGCUACAACCGCAAUUAUUGCUCAGCAAAUAACAGCUUCCUGUGGAGCAUUCGAUCCCAAGGAGGCGUCUCUACAAGGCUAUAAAGCCGGCUGGUGGUAUAACUUUGGAAUGGGGUGUACGGCAGGGGUGAUAGGCAUUUACGGCCUUAGGAGUGUUGGGAAACUAGGUGUUAAGAGAGACUAG